GGUUGAUCUGUUGCGCGCGCGCAACCACAAAGGACUCAAUGGGGUGGAUUACAGAUCAGUAUUCUUUCCCUCGACAGCUUGCUUCGAGUCGAUACGUCGCGAUGAUUCUGUCACGGAGACGCUCGCUAUUAUUCCUAGGCUUGCCAUUAUUUUUAAUAGUCUUGCUUUUUUCUGGUAGUGUCAGCGUUGACAACGAAUGGGGACAUAAAUUAGAUAGCAUAGGGGACAACUUCAAAGCUGGUGUUAGCUAUGUAACUGGUAACGGUACCGUUCAAAUAUCGUAUCCUUCGACCAACGCGCCCCACAAUACUUCUUCAACUUCUUCAUCUCUUACUCCCUUCCCGAGCGAACUGUCAAGCGGUGCUACCAGUACUACCAUAAGAACAAAACCGUAUGCCCGACCUGGUUACGAAUUACCACUUGCCAAUGGAGUACCGCUUCGUAUCAUGGCGCUUGGUGCGUCAACCACUCGUGGUGACAGUCCCGAGGAGGGAAUCGAUAACAACGGUUUCCGCCGACCUCUCCGUGAGAGGCUCACAGCCAUCGGCAACAAGGUUAACUACGUCGGUACUCAACGUCUCGGAAACAUGACUGAUAACGAUAUCGAAGCUUAUCCCGGUGUUGUUACUGCGACUAUCCAUGGAAAUGCUAAGAAGGCCGUUCCCAAAUCGAUGCCUAACCUUUUCCUUGUCAACGCUGGAUCCAACGACUGUUUCCAACAUGUUGAUAUUGAUAACUUCUACAAGCGGUAUGACGCCCUAGUCCGCUACCUUCUCGAAGCUUCGCCGAGAUCCACUAUUAUCAUGUGCACCAUCCUACCUACUUGGGACAAGCGAUUCAACGGUAGAGAGGAAGUCUGGAAGGUCAACCCGCAGAUCCGGAGGCUGGCCAAGAUUUACAAGCAGCAGGAGCUACCGGUAGUCCUCGCGGAACUGCAAGGUCCUGACGGAAUCCAGGAUGGAAAUCUGGCUUCUGACGGCAUGCACCCCGGCACUGCCGGUUACGAAAUGAUGGCUACCAAGAUGUACGAGGCUAUUGUAGAGGCUGAUGCCAGGGGCUUCUUACAACCGCCCGUGCCUGUCCAGGGAAUUCUUGACGACGGCGACGAGGAGCGGAAGGACGAAGACUACAAGAAAUGGGUAGAGCGGAAGAAGAAGAUGGACAAUGCGACGGCAACUGCCGAGCAGAAGGAAAUCGAGAGGAUGCUGGCCGAACUUGCAAAGAUGAAGAACGAGAAGGACAAGCCAAAGGAGAAGGAAAAGAAGCCCAAGAGCACCAAAUUACGGCGGCACCCGAAGAUGCUGUUCUAGUUAGCUGAUAAAGCGGGUUCUUAGUUCUUGAACACAACUGGGCAUUUUUUUAUUAUUGGUCUUGCCCAUACGAAGUAACGGCCUCCUCACUGUUAUCAUACACCAAAUACCAUGUAGACUAUGUAUCUAUUAAUCAUGCCUAAGAAGGCCAAGAUUUUAAUUGUCACUGUUUCUCUAUUACUUAUGCCGUGGAGUCGUAUAGUGUAGAUAAGUAUGUUCGUGCAACUCGCUAUUAAUUCCGAUACGUUUGAUGUGAG